UUGUCUUUUGGUUUAGCCUGGUGAGUUUAUUUCUCACGUCGUCCCGAAUUUACGUGUCCUCUCUACGCUUCUAUGCUUUCCAAAUUCCAACUGUGGGGUACUCUGGCUACUUUCUCCCGUCGCGUGGUGGUGCAAGAAUUCUUAUUUUCUUCUCAAAUUUUCUCUUCAGAACAAAUUCACUACUUCAUAUCUCAAAUCUUCUCUUUUGAACAUAUCUACUAUUUCGUCAUCUCAGUUUCUUCCCCCAGUGUCUCAUCAUCUAACCACCAUCCAAAGUGCAGACCACACCAACUCUUCAACAUGACCUCAACAACGCCCCCCGAAAUAGCCGCUCACGUGGAAUCCCUAAUCCCCAAAUUCCACCUAACCCGACUGCUCAACACCGACCAAGCCGGCCGUCGCAUAUCCCUCCUGGGCACAAUCGACUCAAAACCGGCCCUCCUAGUCGCCGAACGCGCCGCCUUCGCAACCGACGAACCCACCCUGACCACCUUCCCCACCUCGCUCCGCAACAUCAAGAACCUCGGCGCAAACGACAUCUACGCCUGGUUUCUCGCAAACUCGAACCCCAGUGAGCGCGAGGGUGAUGCACCGCCAGACUUCAAACUCAACCUCAUCUACCCCUGCACGCCGAAACACAUCAAGAAGUACGAAGCCCAGGGCGUGCGCAUCGUCACGGAGACGCCGGAGAUUUACGCAAAGUAUGUGCGGCCGUAUAUGAAGGCGCAGCGGGAGAAGGGCGCGUUGGACUGGGUGUUUAACAUCAUCGAGGGGCGGGCGGAGCAAGAAGACGUCAUCUAUAGAGAGACGGGCGACGAGGGGUUUCUUCUAGCUCCCGAUCUGAACUGGGACCGUAAGACGAUGGGGAGUUUGCACCUCCUCGGCAUUGUGGAGCGGAGGGACAUCUGGAGCGUGAGGGAUUUGCGCAAGGGCAUGGUGAGUUGGGUGGAGCACAUGCGAGAGAAAAUGCUGGAUACGACGGUCAAGUUGUACCCGGAGAUUGAGAGGGAUCAGCUGAAACUCUACGUUCACUAUCAACCGACGUACUACCACUUCCAUAUUCACAUCGUUCAUGUCUCGCUGGAGGCUGGCACCACACAAGCAACCGGAAAAGCCCUCGGUCUCGAGAACAUCAUCUCGCAGCUCGAGACUAUGGCGGGAGGGGAUGAGGCGGGCAUGCAGGACGUGAGUCUUACGUAUUUUCUCGGAGAGAGGAGCGAGCUUUGGGAGAAAAUACAUCUGCCUUUGAAAGAAGGAAGAGACGUUAAGGUGGAUGACUUCUGAGACGCAAAGGGCUAGAAAACAAGCUAGUUGAUGAUGGGAAGUAUGUGAACGACGGCGAGGGGUUCAUCAUCAACGAGUUCUCUAGAGAACAUGACCCUUCAUACAGGUAAGACAUGAGAUGGUGGUGAUCAUUCCUCUUUAAGUUUUACCUCUCUUGCCUUUUCGCUAAAAGACUCACGAUGUCCGGUGGGCAAUAAAAUGCUCAGACUGAAACUUGAAGAUAUCAUGCGUGCUUCUUUCCCAUUAUCUGAGCGACAUAUACUGCUGCCAGCAGUCCUGCAAUCCAUCCCUCAAAGGUAGGUUUGUUGAUUCCAAUUCCCUCAUCUGUUUCGACUUCCUCGUCUUCCUCGACUUUAUGGACUUCCUCAACCUGGGACGCCUAAUCCAGCGACUCCGCAAGAACAAU